CGCGGCGGGGCUGGGGACUCGGCUGGUUGCCGGCCGGCGGGCGGAGACGGACCCGGGAUCUGUCCGAGCAGGAAGCGAGCCGGAGACUGGUCACCGCCGCCGCCGCCCCGUCCCGGUGCUGGUCCGCGUCGUCGCCCUCUCUCCUCGCCCUCCGCAUCCACCCCCCCCCGCCCCCGCCUCACCGGCGACAGGUAGCCCCGCCGCCGCGCACCUGCCCUCGCGUCCGCACCGGAGACAGUGGAUAGCUCCCUUCAGAAAUGGAGGACGGGAAGCCCGUUUGGGCGCCGCACCCUACGGAUGGGUUUCAGAUGGGCAAUAUCGUGGAUAUUGGCCCCGACAGCUUAACGAUUGAACCCUUGAACCAAAAAGGCAAGACAUUUCUGGCUCUCAUAAACCAAGUGUUCCCUGCAGAAGAGGACAGUAAAAAAGAUGUGGAAGAUAACUGUUCAUUAAUGUAUUUGAAUGAAGCCACACUGCUGCAUAAUAUCAAAGUUCGAUACAGUAAAGACAGAAUUUACACAUAUGUGGCCAACAUUCUGAUAGCAGUGAACCCCUACUUUGACAUACCUAAAAUAUAUUCUUCGGAAACCAUAAAGUCGUACCAAGGAAAAUCUCUGGGGACGAUGCCACCUCAUGUCUUCGCAAUUGCUGAUAAGGCUUUUCGAGACAUGAAGGUGCUCAAGAUGAGUCAGUCUGUCAUUGUAUCUGGAGAAUCAGGAGCUGGCAAAACGGAAAACACAAAAUUUGUUCUAAGAUAUCUGACUGAAUCGUAUGGAACCGGUCAAGACAUUGAUGAUAGAAUUGUCGAAGCUAACCCACUCUUAGAAGCCUUUGGAAAUGCAAAGACUGUUCGCAACAAUAAUAGCAGUCGAUUUGGGAAAUUUGUAGAAAUACAUUUCAAUGAAAAGAGUUCAGUUGUUGGAGGAUUUGUUUCACAUUAUCUUCUAGAGAAAUCUAGGAUCUGUGUUCAAGGCAAAGAGGAAAGGAAUUAUCAUAUCUUUUAUAGGUUGUGUGCCGGUGCUUCUGAAGAUACUAGGGAAACACUUCAUUUGAGCUCCCCAGAUAAUUUUCGGUAUUUAAACCGAGGCUGCACCAGAUACUUUGCUAACAGAGAAACUGACAAACACAUUUUGCAGAACCGAAGAAGUCCUGAGUAUCUUAAGGCAGGUUCCUUGAAAGAUCCUUUGUUAGAUGACCAUGGAGAUUUUAUUAGAAUGUGCACAGCCAUGAAAAAGAUUGGUUUGGAUGAUGAAGAAAAGCUUGAUCUGUUCCGGGUAGUAGCUGGUGUCCUGCACCUUGGAAAUAUUGAUUUUGAGGAAGCCGGCAGCACUUCAGGUGGCUGUAAUCUGAAGAAUAAAUCUACUCAGUCAUUGGAGUAUUGUGCUGAAUUACUGGGUUUGGAUCAAGAUGAUCUUCGCGUAAGUUUAACUACAAGAGUCAUGCUAACAACAGCAGGGGGCACCAAAGGAACAGUGAUAAAGGUACCCCUGAAAGUGGAGCAAGCCAACAAUGCCCGGGAUGCCUUGGCAAAGACUGUCUACAGCCAUCUUUUCGAUCACGUGGUCAACAGAGUAAAUCAGUGUUUUCCUUUUGAAACAUCAGCCUAUUUUAUUGGAGUCCUAGAUAUUGCUGGAUUUGAGUACUUUGAACGUAACAGUUUUGAACAAUUUUGCAUCAACUAUUGCAAUGAAAAACUUCAACAGUUUUUUAAUGAAAGGAUUCUGAAGGAGGAACAAGAACUCUAUCAAAAGGAAGGUUUAGGUGUGAAUGAAGUACAUUACGUGGAUAACCAGGACUGUAUCGAUUUAAUUGAAGCAAAAUUAGCGGGAAUACUGGAUAUUUUGGAUGAAGAAAAUCGCCUUCCCCAGCCAAGUGAUCAACACUUCACAUCUGAAGUUCACCAGAAGCACAAAGACCAUUUCCGGCUCUCUAUUCCUAGAAAGUCUAAGCUGGCAGUUCACAGGAACAUCAGAGAUGACGAAGGCUUCAUCAUCAGGCAUUUCGCAGGGGCGGUGUGCUAUGAAACAACUCAAUUUGUGGAAAAAAAUAAUGAUGCUUUACAUAUGUCUCUUGAGUCCUUAAUAUGUGAAUCCAGGGAUAAAUUUAUCCGGGAAUUAUUUGAAUCAUCCACAAAUAACAACAAAGACACUAAACAAAAAGCAGGAAAACUUAGCUUCAUCAGUGUGGGAAACAAGUUUAAGACACAGUUAAAUUUGCUUCUGGAUAAACUUCGAAGUACUGGAGCAAGCUUUAUUCGUUGUAUCAAGCCUAAUUUAAAGAUGACAAGCCACGACUUUGAAGGAGCUCAAAUUUUGUCUCAACUUCAAUGUUCAGGUAUGGUGUCUGUUUUGGACUUGAUGCAGGGCGGUUUCCCAUCGCGAGCUUCGUUUCAUGAACUCUACAACAUGUAUAAAAAGUAUAUGCCAGAUAAACUCGCAAGAUUAGAUCCAAGACUAUUUUGUAAGGCUCUUUUUAAAGCUUUGGGCUUAAAUGAAAUCGACUACAAGUUUGGGUUAACAAAAGUAUUUUUUAGACCUGGAAAGUUUGCAGAAUUUGAUCAGAUUAUGAAGUCUGACCCUGACCACUUAGCAGAGCUGGUCAAGAGGGUCAAUCACUGGCUCAUCUGCAGUCGCUGGAAGAAGGUUCAGUGGUGCUCACUGUCCGUCAUCAAACUGAAAAACAAAAUAAAAUAUCGAGCUGAAGCCUGCAUUAAAAUGCAGAAAACUGUUCGAAUGUGGCUUUGCAAAAGACGACACAAACCUCGCAUUGAUGGCCUGGUUAAGGUGGGCACACUGAAAAAACGGCUUGAUAAAUUUAACGAAGUAGUAAGUGCAUUGAAAGAUGGAAAACCAGAGAUGAAUAAACAGGUCAAGGACCUUGAAAUUUCUAUUGAUGCUUUAAUGGCCAAAAUUAAGUCCACCAUGAUGACAAGGGAACAAAUACAGAAAGAAUAUGAUGCGCUAGUUAAAAGCUCAGAGGUCCUCCUCAGUGCAUUACAGAAAAAAAAGCAGCAGGAAGAGGAAGCAGAAAGGCUGAGGCGUAUCCAAGAAGAAAUGGAAAAAGAAAGGAAAAGACGUGAAGAAGAUGAACAACGUCGAAGAACGGAGGAGGAGGAAAGGCGGAUGAAACUUGAGAUGGAAGCAAAGAGAAAGCAAGAAGAAGAAGAGAGAAAGAAAAGGGAAGAUGAUGAAAAACGUAUUCAGGCGGAGGUGGAGGCGCAGCUGGCCCGACAGCGGGAGGAGGAGUCCCAGCAGCAGGCCGUCCUGGAGCAGGAGCGCCGAGACCGGGAGCUGGCGCUGCGGAUCGCGCAGAGCGAGGCGGAGCUCAUCAGCGAUGAGGCGCAGGUGGACCCGGGGCUGCGCAGAGGCCCUGCUGUACAAGCCACCAAGGCGGCUGCUGGUACCAAGAAACAUGACCUUAGUAAAUGGAAAUAUGCAGAACUACGUGAUACCAUCAAUACCUCUUGCGAUAUUGAGCUCCUGGCAGCUUGCAGAGAAGAAUUUCAUAGGAGACUAAAAGUGUAUCAUGCUUGGAAAUCCAAGAACAAGAAGAGAAAUACUGAAACAGAGCAACGUGCUCCAAAGUCUGUUACUGAUUAUGCUCAGCAGAACCCGGCAGCUCAGCUGCCUGCCACGCAGCAGGGGAUCGAGAUGAACCGACAACAGCGCUUCUUCCGCAUCCCGUUCAUCCGCCCUGCGGACCAGUACAAAGACCCGCAGAAUAAGAAAAAAGGCUGGUGGUAUGCUCAUUUUGAUGGACCGUGGAUUGCCCGGCAGAUGGAGCUUCAUCCUGACAAGCCACCCAUCCUCCUGGUGGCUGGUAAGGAUGACAUGGAGAUGUGUGAGCUGAAUCUUGAAGAGACAGGCCUGACUCGAAAGCGUGGUGCUGAGAUUUUGCCAAGACAGUUCGAAGAAAUUUGGGAACGCUGUGGAGGCAUCCAGUAUCUUCAGAAAGCAAUUGAGAGCAGACAGGCCAGGCCCACCUAUGCCACGGCCAUGCUGCAGAAUCUGUUAAAGUAGAAAUUGCACUAGCCUUGCAGCUGGGAGCCCUUGCCAUGGCACUCGGUAGGGAGUGUGUCCCAGAGAUUUAACCAUUCCAAGAUCAAGUUAGAAUUACUUAUACAAAGUGAACAGAUUUUAUUAAUCAUGGCUUUUUGUUAAUUUCAGGUUAAUUAUGGUAGUGAAUUUGGGACCUAAAAUUUAUUUUCCUGUAUCCAGCUGUAACUGUUAGACCUCUCAUUAUUGUAAUACUUGCUACACUUGGACAGACUCUUGACAUUUCUCCUUCUUUGCCAACAGACUACCUUAAAUCCAUCUUAAUUGUUCUUUAGGAAAAGAAGUUUUUAAAAAAUGCAGAGUUCUUGCUUUUUAAGGAUGGCACAGUACCGUAUGACUGGAAUAAAGAAAACUUAGCUUCAAUUUUCAUACAAAAAUUAAGGCACUUAAAAUGAUCAAGGCACUGAUAUUUUGAUCUGAAAGCUGUGUACUUUCUAUACUAACUUUUUCAGAAAUUCAUGGAAAUUUCCGUCAAAGGUGGAAAUUUUAAUUUUUUCCCCCUCUUUUGCAGUGUCUUAGUUUGAGUAAAGCAGUUUACCUGAAGUUCUAGAAUUCUGGAGAGAGCCUUGAUGUAUUUGAUGCAAUCUGUGAUAAAGAAGGUACAUAGUAUCCUGCACAGAUUUGUUUUGCUUUUCUGUCACAUUGUGUUGCUCUAAGAAUAUGUUCAUAUAUUCCAUGGACAAAUAAAGGAAAUUUAGAUCGUUUAAAUGCUUGAAAGUUUUGAGAUAACUUUGUUUCAUUUAGAAAAGGAAAUAGGUUUUAGGUGGCAGUUUGGCUUAACUGGACUGAAUUCAAAUAUUCUUUCACUUUCAUCUCAGUUGUGAUUUUGUGUCAGAAUCUUGUCCAAGUUGUUUCAUGUGAUUUAAACUAGUGUCCUGCUUCAACACACCUUUGUUUUUUUAAAAAAAUUCCUGUUGUCUUUUUUGGCCUUCGAGGUUUUGGUAAUUGUAGAGCUCUUUUAUAAGCCUUAUAAUUCAAAAACUCUGCACUGAGGAAUUGCUUGUUUCAUGUAACUGAUAAUUAAAACAAAAGUUUUGUGUGCUGUUUAGUUUUGAUCAAAUGUCAGCAGUUUCAAGCCUAAUAUUUAUGACUUUCAUAUUAGGAAUUUGGAAACAAACAUACAUCAAGGAGUUAUGUUGACAUAAUCCUAAGGAGUCUUGUUUGUAUUUUAGAAUAAAAUUAGAAAAUAAAAUUGCUCUCUGUAUUUUUUUUCCCCUGAUGUUUAAAGACCCUAACCUUUGAAAUGAAUUUCCUGUGAUUUUUUUUUUUUUUUUUUUUCCCUAGAAAGAGUACCUCAGUUAGGAAAGUAUUUCCCAGCUGACUGGAUUAGUGCUUGUGAGCUGGACACUGUUUUCAGAAUUGCUUCUCUCAUUAUAUGUUUUAGUAUAGAGAUAUUUAUUUAUUAUGAUACUGUGCAAACGCUCAUCUUCUGUUAAAGAAAGUAAAUGGUCCUGUCUGUACUGUUGAGAAUGUGACUGUGAUUCUCUUUUUAAGGCUGUAUUACUGCAUAGACUCACCCACCCUUGGGUCAUUUGGUCCCUGUGAUUUGGUGACAGAAGGUCUGGUUACUGAAAAUAAA